GAAGGUAAACAAACCCCACGCGGCGGAGGACGGGGACUGGCGGGACGUGCUGAGAUAUUUCACGAUAUUUCUGCGGAGAUUUUACGUAAUGGAGAGAAUAUAAGCUACAGAGGAAAUCAGAGGAGAAGGAGCUAGGAGGUGCAGACAGUGCUAUAGUCUGAAGUUCUAUAUAAGAAGAAGAAUAACUAGAGCAGAACCAUCAAGAAGUUGAUGCUGAAAGGUGUAAGACUGAAGACAUUUGGUUUAUUGUUGUAAGUAUUCCAGAAAGAGGGUGAAGACUUGGAAAUAGCUGAAAUUGAUUGAUUUUGCUAGAAACAAGUUCUUACAAUACAGGAGGGCAACAGUCAGUGUGAGGAUGGCUUCAAGCGAAAAGGGAGGUGAAGAAGUAGAGGGAGGCAGCAACGGAGGAAGCGACGAGGUGGGGUUUGUGAUAGAUAAACGACCUUUUACACACGUCCAGGAGGGAAAGGCGGAAGUACUUUUUCCAAGCUCCCAUGAUGUUUUUUACAACCCUGUGCAAGAAUUUAACAGAGACUUAAGUGUUGCAGUGUUGAGAGUAUUUGCUGCAGAACAUAAAGAGAAAGAAAAUCAGAAAAGGAAGAAAGCAGAAUUAAAGGAGAAAGCAAAGUUGUUAAAACUCUCCAAGGAUGAAGAGGAAGCCAGAAAUGAGACCAAAGUAACACAAGAUUCAGACAAGGAGACAAAAGCAGAGGAAGGCCCUCCAGAAGAGAAGAAAUUUACAAUCCUGGAACCAGGGAAGAAAGACCCAGAAGGCAUAAGGAUCCUGGAGGCUCUUGCGGCCUCAGGUCUUCGUUCAAUUCGCUAUGCACACGAAGUUGGAGGCGUGAGGGAGAUUGUGGCUAAUGAUUUCUCAAAGCAGGCAGUGGAGUGCAUGGAACGUAACAUCACACACAACAAAGUGGAAGACAUUGUUACGUCUAGUUACAGUGAUGCCUCUAUGGCGAUGUACAAGAGUUACGAGCAAGGAAAAAGAUUUCACGCCAUUGAUCUUGACCCAUAUGGCUCGCCACAUGCAUUUUUAGACAGCGCUGUAAAGAGUGUGGCGGAUGGAGGUAUUCUCCUGGUUACCUGUACAGACAUGGCUGUGCUGUGUGGUAAUUCGCCAGAAACAUGCUACACCAAAUAUGGAGCUCUGUCCAUCAAAAGCAAAGCCUGUCAUGAGAUAGCCUUAAGAAUUGUGCUGCAGUGCAUUGAGUCCCAUGCCAACCGUUAUGGCAGACAUAUUAUGCCAUUGUUAUCUAUGAGUGCUGACUUCUAUGUAAGAGUUGUUGUUCAAGUAUUUACAAGCCAAUAUAAGUGCAAGGAAAGUUUUUCAAAGGUUUCUUGGCUUUACCAGUGUGUAGGAUGUGAGACAACCACACUGCAACCUUUGGGACGAGUUGUAGUUAAUGGAAAAAGUGUGAAGUACCAGUUGUCACCUGGUCCUGCAGUCAGCCAGUCUUGUGACCAUUGUGGCCACAGACACUCAGUAGCAGGCCCCAUCUGGAAUGCACCUAUACAUGACAAAGAUUUCAUUCACAGAUUGAAAGAGUCCCUUGUUGAGGACGAAUUUACAACAUUCCGCCGUAUAUACGGUACUUUGACUAUGAUGGAAGAAGAAUUGACAAAUGUGCCUCUGUAUUAUGUUGUAGAUAAGUUGGCUGCAGUGGCUGGUAUUAAUCUGUGUAAAAUGGUACAGUUUAGAUCAGCUAUUUUGAAUGCAGGAUACAAGGUUUCCAUGUCACAUGCUUGCAAAAAUUCUAUCAAGACUGAUGCUCCUGCACAGGUUAUAUGGGACAUAGUUAGGGCCUGGGAGAAGUCAAACCCUGCCAACAAGGAGAAGAUGGCUCCAGACAGGCCUGGGAGAAGACUUCUGGAGAAGAAAUCCAAAACGGAAAUCAGCUUCGAAUUACACCCCGACAGCAAUCCCCAGUCCAGAAAGCAGGAGCUUCUUAGAUUCCAAGUGAAACCAGAGAAGAACUGGGGGCCCAAGUCUAGAGCAAAAACUAGUCUAUUUCAUGGGAAUCAAGAAGACAAAAGGUCGCGCAACCAAGGGAAGAAAAGGAGAAUUCAAACAAAUGCCGAGCAGUUGCCAACAAAGCUGCCAAAAGAAGGAAGUGACUCACGUGUAGGAAAAGAAACCAGUGCCUAAUGAAGAAAAUUGCGACUGACACCUUAUGUUCAAAUCUCUUGUAAUGUUUUCAUUAAUUGACCUUUUUUUCUGAAUACAUAAACCUACACUCACAAUACCAGUCUCACACACACACAUACACACAUACACACACAUACACACAUACACA